AUGCAGUCCAUCAGCGGGACAGUGUCAGGCACAAGUUUCAUCGUGAUGCUGGCCCUUGGUUCCCCAGGGCGCUUGUUGAAGAGACUGUCUUUGCUCCAUUGUCGAAGCUCAGGACCUGGACUUCAGGCAACCGCAGGGCGGGGCGCGUGCACGGUGAGGGGCAUCCCAGCUCCUUCCUCAGCGCCAGCAAGUCAAGCCGGGGCCAGAACACCAGCCGCCGGCCCCGCACCCGGCCACCUCCCGGCGCCCGGCCACGUCCGUGUGCAGGACCUCCUCCCCGCAACGGUCAGGGCCAAGCAGCUGACCGAGGAGCAGGUGGCCGAGUUCAAGGAGGCCCUCUCCCCGUUCAAUGAGGACGGAGACGGCGCCAUCAGCACGCGGGAGCUGGGCACCGUCCUGCGGUCGCCGGGCCAGAAACCCACUGAGGCCGAGCUCCGGGACCUGGUGGGCGAGCUGGACCGCGACGGCAGCAGCACCGUGGGCUUCCCCGAGCUCCUGGGCCUAAUGGCCCGUAUGAAGGGCAGGGACGCCAAGGACCAGAUCCGGGAGGCCUUCUGCGUCUUCGACAAGGACGGCAACGGCCUGAUGGGCACAGCCGAGCUGCGGCACGUGAUGACCCGGCUGGGCGAGAAGCCGAGAGACCAGGAAGUGGACGAGAUGAUCCGGGCGGCGGACGUGGACGGGGACGAGCUGGAUGACACAGGCCGCUCCCAAGCCCAGCAAACCCCAAAUGUUCCAUCCCUCGGAAGCAGAAGCUCAGGGACGUCCCUGUGCACCGACCAGGGCAGGAGGAUGGUCACAGCCUCACUGGCCGCUCAUGCCCCAGGGAGGGCGCGGUGUGCCCUCCGGGAGCCCUCCACGUGGGAUCCCUAAAGCGCACCCGGUACCUCCAUCCGCUGUGGACCAGGGCCCUGGGCCGAGGGGCACUCUUGGAGGCUGACAACCAGGGUCUGGCCUCCUGAGAAACACCACCUCCUUUCCCCGCCCCCGACUCCCCUGCGCUCUCUUGUUCCCUUCUGUCUCUGUGCCAAACCGCGGUGAGGUGAUUCGUCUCUUAAAGCUGGGAGUCAGUUGUAACACGUUUGUAUUCACCUUCUUGGAGGGAAAUUUGAAAGGGAGAAAGAGGCCACAGGGGAAUAAAGAAAACGUCUGUUUUUCUCUGGU